AUGACUAUGCUGAAUGAAAUUCGUCAGGAGAGAGACAAUUUCCGCGAGGUUACUACUCGGUAUCACGCCGUCGUCAUAGAAAAGGACCUAGCCAUGAACGAUUUGUACCAGGCCCACAGAAUGACCGAGGAGGCAAACCAACUAGCCCGAGACUUCCAGAAGGACAUGACCUCCCUGCAGCGGAAAGUCAAUGGCCUUGAGAUACAGUCAAUGAAAGACUCACGGCUGUCACCGAUCGAGGAGGAACGCACGCUUAGACGUUCAAAAGAGAAAUCAGUUAAGUCCUCCAGAAUAGAACAGAAAUUCAAGGCCAACAGCGAUCAUUACCUUACCGAGGACUCCAAGAUAACCUACGUAGUCUCACAACUCGGCGGUAAGGCUGCACAACAUACGAUGCAUAGAAGACUUCGAAACUCCACCAACCCGUACCAGUCUUUCACUGAGAUCAUGGACGAGUUGGCCGAUAUCUACGAGAACUCAGACCGACGUAGUAAUGCAUUGCGUGACAUACAUGCUCUACAGCAAAGGACCCGACCCUUCAUCGACUUCUAUUUAAACUUCAUUCGACUAGCUACCGUCCUUAACCUUGACGAAACCGUUAUGAUAGAGUAUUACCUUCCAAACAAAUUGAGGAGCAACCUGAGGGAGUCAUGGGACACCGUAGGGGGUUUUACCACCUUGAAGGCUGUAAAGGAAUACCUUCGGAAACUGAAUAACUUAUACCGUGCUAGAUACAAAGAUAUAGAGUCUACGAAGGCUACUGUCAAGUCAACUAUAAUACGAACCACGGCUAAUGCACGCCUUAUAUCUGUUACUGGGGUUAUAACCACUACACCCCUGAGUGUUAAGACCGAUCUAAAGCCAAGGGAACCUAUGUGCUAUAAUUGCGGUAAGAAAGGCUACUAUCGAAGUAUCUAUAUAAUAACUACCCAGACCGAGGCCGGUAAAAAGGCCUUCGAGGAAGUACGACUCCACGCGAUGGAAAUAGACGAAGAAUUCGAAAUCGACAACGUCGACACCACGGGUAGCGACGGUUCUUCUUCAGAUUCGGGAAACGAAUAG